UCAAGAGUGGUUCAACUGGCACAUGGAGAAAGGUCAUACCAUAUCUUCUACCAGCUUUGUGCUGGGGCUCCUUCAGGUCUAAGAGACAAGUUAAAUUUAAAAGAUGCAUCUGAGUUCAACUAUCUUAAACAAAGUGGCUGUUUCGUUAUAAGUGGCGUUGAUGAUGCUCAUAAGUUCAAAAUUCUCAUGGAAGCACUAAAUAGACUCAAGAUUUGUCAGAGAGAUCGAAUGCACGCUUUUGAGAUGAUAUCUGCAGUUUUAUGGCUAGGAAACAUUUCAUUUGAAGUGAUUGACGAUGAAAACCAUGUUCAACCCGUGGCUAAUGAAGCUGUUACUAAUGCUGCUAGCUUGAUGGGUUGCAGUGCCCAUGAUCUCAUGCUAGCUUUAUCAAUGCAUAGAAUACAUGCUGGCGAGGAUGAGGUUUCCAAGAGAUUUUCAAUCCAGCAGGCAAUUGAUACGAGAGAUGCAUUGGCUAAAUUCAUAUAUGGGAGCUUGUUUGGAUGGGUUGUAGAUAGGAUAAAUACAUCACUUGCUAUGGGAAAGCAGCAUACUUGUAGAUCCAUAAAUAUUUUAGACAUAUACGGUUUUGAAUCAUUUAAGAGUAAUGGGUUUGAACAGUUCUGCAUAAACUAUGCAAAUGAGAGGCUUCAGCAACAUUUCAAUCGUCAUCUACUUAAACUUGAGCAAGAGGGAUAUGAGUUGGAUGGAAUUGACUGGAGAAAGGUUCAAUUUGAAGACAACCAAGAUUGUUUGGAUCUCAUUGAACAGAGACCAAUUGGGCUAAUUGCUUUGCUCGAUGAAGAGUCGAAUUUCCCUAAAGCGACGGAUUUGACAUUUGCCAAUAAAGUUAAAGAGCACUUGAAAACAAAUUCGUGCUUAAAAGGUGAAAGAGGAUCAGUUUUCAGUAUUAAGCACUAUGCUGGCGAGGUUCUCUAUAGCACCAGUGGUUUCCUGGAAAAGAACAGAGAUCUUCUGCAUACAGAUAUUAUUCAGCUACUCUCCUCAUGCCAAUCUGAACUACUUCAGUUGUUUACCUGUAGAGUGCUAAACCAAUUCCAGAAAUCAAGUUUGCCCACCAAGUUUGCAGUGCCAGAUGUUCAGAGACAAAGUGUUGCUACGAAAUUCAAAGGUCAGUUGUUCCAAUUAAUGCGGCAGUUGGAAAACACUUCUCCACAUUUCAUUCGCUGCAUAAAGCCAAACAACCAGAAGCUUCCUGGGGUGUUUGAGAAAGAUCUUGUGUUAAAGCAGCUUCAGUGUUGCGGGAUUCUAGAAGUCGUGAGGAUCUCAAGAGCUGGCUAUCCAACAAGGAUGACCCAUCAAGACUUUACAGAAAGAUAUGCCGUCCUCCUCUUGGCACAUAAUCUGCCAAGAGAUCCUUUAAGUACAUCGGUUGCUAUCCUGCAACAAUUCCGUAUCCAUCCAGAAAUGUUCCAAGUAGGUCAUACCAAAGUAUAUCUUCGAGCAGGACAGAUUGCUGCAAUGGAGGAAGUGAGAAAACAAGUCAUUCAAGGUACUCUUGAGGUGCAAAAGUGCUUUCGUGGUCAUCGUGUUCGUAGGUACUUCCGUGAACUCAAGAGGAGCGUAAUAACCUUCCAAUCUUUUGCUCGUGGUGAAAUUGGUAGAAGGCAGUAUGAUGUUUUGAUGAAGUCAAAAGAGGAAGAGGAUUGCAAAAAACUUGAUGAGAGAUUGGUGGCUGUAGUACAGAUACAAUCAGCAAUGCGUGGGCACUUAUCCAGAAGGCAUUUUUGUAGCCUUCAGAAUUGGAAAAAGACUAUAAUUGCCAACAAGCAAAAUGGAGGAAGAAAUAUUUCAGCAACGAAGGAUUCGCCUUGUGAAGUUCUACCUUCGACUUUGGAAGAGCUUCAAAGACGUGUUCACAGAGCAGAGACAGCCCUUGAGCAGAAGGAAAAAGAAAAUGCAGCAUUGAAGCAACAACUAAAAGAAAUUGAGAAUCGGUUAUCAGAAUAUGAAGCCAAAGCAAGUUCAAUGGAGAUGUGGCAAAAGCAAAUGGCAUCUUUGCAGGCAAAGCUUGCUCUAGCUAAGUCUCUUGGUUCAGCGUCUUCUCGCUCGUAUGGUUCUACAAGAAGCCUAUCUGUGGGAACCGGAGGAAGUGCAUCCGUGAACUAUGAUGACUCCGAUGCCGAGUCUGUUCAAGAGGGUGGUGGUGGUUUUCUUGCUGUGAGCCAACUUGUGAAGGAGUUUGAACAACAGAAACAAAGAUUUGAGGGUGAGACCACAAGAAUUGGGCAUCUAAAGACACGUUCUGCAACUCUUGAAGCAGCAGAGGAGCUUAAGAAACUGAAAGCCCAUUUUAGCGAAUGGAAGGAAGAUUUCAAAGACCGAUUGAGGGAGGCAAGGAUGAAACUGCGCAAGUCUGAGCAACACCCAAAAGAAAAACGACGCCAAAAAAGGACGUGGUGGGGAAGGGAACAAGUGUUUUCAGCUUUGAAUAACUCAUCUUACUUACUGGGAGGAAUCAAAUGGCAUAACAAAUAAAUGAAACAAAUGAAACCAAAAAAAAAUGAAACAACCACACCAGUAUGAUUGUCUCACUUAUGGAGACAAUCAUGUCAAUGUGAUUUUCUCCAUAUCUAUUUACUGGUUCCUGAUAUAAUUGGAUGUUUUUUUCUUUUAUUUCCACUAAGAAUCAUGGCCUCAUCAUGUACAGUUUGUGUUCAAUAUACAUACAACAGUGUUGCCAGAAAGUGUAAAUGAAAUGCGCAUUCCAAUAGCCACCCAAACAAAACUUGUUAAUUGAGGAAGCUAUUAAUUUAAAUUUCAUGAGUCAUCUCCACUGGCUAGAAAUGAAAUUGCUUCGAAUGG